AUGAUUCGCUCAUGGAAACUUGGACUGCUUACACUGGCUUUCGGCCCCUCCCUGCCAGCAGGGAAAUCACUGUGGUCGACCUCGCCAGCCACGUACGGCGAAGGCGACGACUACAUCCUGAAGACAGGCUACCUAAUCGGCAAUGGCAAAUUAGGAGCCAUACCGUUUGGCCCUCCUGGUACGGAAAGCCUUAUUUUGAAUCUGGACUCCUUGUGGUCUGGCGGACCAUUCGAGAACUCGACUUACACCGGAGGCAACCCCCCGGGGCCUGUCCACCAAUACCUGCCUGGCAUACGCGAUUGGAUAUUUCAGAAUGGCACGGGAAAUAUCUCGGAGCUCCUGGCGCCCAUAACCAACUAUGGGUCCUACCAGACCCUAGGCAAUCUUACCGUCAGCUUUGAAGGCGUAGGCGAUUACAGCAAUUAUACGCGAAAGCUCGAUCUCGACACAGGAGUACACACAACCUCGUGGAGCAACCUCAGCUCAUCAUGCUCGGAGACAGGAUCCCUCACGAUCACCCCGGCGGCGGGUCAAAGGACUGUCACAGUCGUUCUUUCUGCAGAUUCGGACUUUGACCAGACCAAAGGCAAUGCGGAGAGCAACUACUCGUUCAGAGGCGAAGAUCCUGGCCCGGUAGUGGAGGCGACGACAGCUCUUGCUGCGGCCCGGUCGUAUGAGGAUUUACUCACCGAUCACAUCCAAGAUUAUUCGUCAUUGAUGGGUCUUUUUAAUUUGAGCAUUCCAGACACUGCUGGUUCCUCCACCAUCGAGACGUCUGAGCUUGUGGCACGUUAUGCGAAAGGCACUGCCGAUCCCUUCUUGGAGUCCCUCAUGUUCGACUAUUCACGACACCUUCUUGUAUCAUCGUCCAGGGAAGAGUCGCUUCCUGCGAAUCUACAAGGACGCUGGACCGAGCAAACCAGCCCAGCUUGGAGCGCAGAUUAUCACGCAAAUAUCAACAUCCAGAUGAACUACUGGGGAGCUGACGCAACCGGACUGACCUCCCUUUCAAGACCGGCUUUUGAGUACAUGGCCCAGAACUGGGCUCCGAGAGGAAGCGAGACAGCGCGGCUCCUGUACAAUGGCUCUGGAUGGGUAGUGCAUAAUGAGAUGAAUAUCUUUGGGUACACUGGAAUGAAGAACGAUGCUCAAUGGGCGAACUAUCCCGCCUCAGCAGUCUGGAUGAUGUUACAUGUCUUCGACCACUGGGAUUACGACCGCAAUAUCACUUGGCUUGCAGAGACAGGAUACCCUCUUCUCAAAGGCGUCGCAUCCUUCUGGGUCUCACAGCUACAGGAAGAUCGCUUCUUCAACGACAACACACUGGUUGCCAACCCAUGCAACAGCGCCGAACAAGGUCCCACGACAUUUGGGUGCACUCACUACCAGCAGCUGAUCCACCAACUGCUUGAGGCCGUCCUCAGCACUGCAUCGCUUGCCUCGGAAUCAGACACAGACUUCCUGAAAUCCGUAUCCGACACACUCUCCUCUCUCGACACCGGUAUCCACGUCGAUCCUGAUACCACGUACGGCACCGGCGUCCUGAAGGAGUGGAAAGUUCCCGACUCAUACCUGUUCAACAUCUACCCCCAGCAUCGCCACAUCUCCCACCUCGUCGGAUGGUAUCCCGGGAACACCAUCUCCGGCUUCUCCGACGGCUACAGCAACAAGACCCUACAGGAAGCCGUCCGGGCGAGCCUCAUCGAAAGAGGAGACGGCACCAGUGCGGACGGCAACGGCGGCAACUAUGGGUGGCCCAAGGUCUGGCGCGGCGCGUGCUGGGCAAGGCUGAAUGAUUCCUCCAAGGCUCAUGAGGAGCUGCAGCUGACUCUGCUGAACAACGUUGCGCCAAACUUGCUGAGCAUGUACAGUGGCAAGAACCCGCCGUUCCAGAUCGACAUGAAUUUCGGGUGGGCGGGCAAUGUCUUGAGCAUGUUAGUGGUGGACUUGCCUCUGCCAAACGGUAGGGAAGAGGAGACGAGGACGGUGGUACUGGGCCCAGCGAUCCCGAGUGCCUGGGGAGGAGGCAGUGUCGAGGGCCUUCGAAUCAGGGGAGGCAUUGCGGUAGACUUUGAGUGGGAUGCUGAUGGACUGGCGACCAGUAAGAGCAUUUUGGGCGGCGAUGCUGAGAAGGUUAGGUUUGUCAAUGUUCAGGGAGCAGAGCUGUAG